AAGCACCUGCAAAUCCGAAAAAUUUUAUAUACUUUACAUUUGCGGGUACCACUCAAACUUUUCAAUCAGGAUACCUUGGAAUAACUGAAUCGAGUAUCCAGGGCAUACUACACAUAAAAUCUUCAAUGUUAAAACACCCUUUGCUUGCAAAACAAAUAAUCGUUACGUUGACUUGUACUCAAUCUGCACAUUGGAAAUAUGGAAAAACUCGUCUUAUAAUUAGUUUAAAGACUCUUGAGUUAUCACAGAUACUUUUUUCUAGUGAUGCUCCUCAAUUAUUAAAUGAUUGUGAAUUUCCCUUUGUAUUUCAGUUGCCUGCCACAGCAACAGGUUCUUUUAAGACUAAUGCAUGUGAAAACACAUAUCGCCUUGAUGCUAAACUCAAACGUAAAAAGGUUAAAUGGUAUCAACUUUCGUCACGUUCAGAUUGGACAUUUCUGCCUGUAUUUUGGUAUGCUUUCCCAACUACAGAAAUGUAUCAACCGGCAAUUCUAUCAAAUGAUCCAAAUAACGAAAACCCAAAAAUUCAAUGGUCUUUUAGUCUACCCAAGAAACAUAUAGCACCAAACGAAGAGAUAAAUGCACGGUUAAAUGUUACUUUUCUGAAACCUGACGUAUCAAUUAAAUCAAUCGAGUAUAGUCUAAAAACUUACGCAUUUACUCAAUCUGGUGCACGGACAUUCACGG